UAUAUAUAUAUUUUGAAAUGUUACAACAAUUUGCAGUUUUUGUACUGUUAGUGGCGGCAGUUAGCGGUGAUUUGAUACAUGUACCAAUUCUUAGACAUGAUAAUUUUACCAAGACUAGCAGUGAUAUUUUGGCUGAAAUAUCUACUCUACGCACAAGAUACAAUUUACUACAACAGAGUGAUGUGCAUAAGGAACAAUUAAGCAAUUCUUAUAAUAUGGAAUACUAUGGACGCAUUUAUAUUGGUACACCUGCACAAAAUUUUAUAGUUCUUUUCGAUACUGGUUCAUCGAAUUUGUGGGUGCCUUCUAGUCGUUGUACGGAAAUUGCUUGCAGAAGGCAUCAUAAAUAUAAUCAUAAUCUAUCCAGUACUUAUGUAAAGGACGGUAGACCGAUAGCUAUUCAAUAUGGAUCUGGUAGUAUGAGUGGUUAUCUAUCUCAGGAUGUUGUUACUUUGGAUAGAUUAAAAAUUAAACAUCAAGUUUUUGCUGAGGCCAUGAAUGAACCCGGUAAUAGUUUUACUUAUGCUAAUUUUGAUGGCAUCUUUGGUAUGGCCUACAGGUGUUUGGCUGAAGAUGGUGUUGUGCCUCCUUUCAAUAAUAUGUUCGCUCAAGGUUUAGUUGAUCGUGAUGUCUUCUCAUUCUAUUUGAGGCGUGGUGGUUCUGCUGUUCAGGGUGGAGAAUUGAUAUUGGGUGGUGUUGAUCCCAGUCUAUUUGUAGGUAAAAUCACCUACGUACCCGUCUCUCGAGAAUGUUAUUGGCAAUUUAAAGUUAACUCUAUUUCAAUCAAUGGCCAUCGUAUUUGCGAUAAUUGUCAAGCUAUUGCCGAUACUGGCACCAGUUUAAUUGUUUGUCCGAAAGCAGCUUAUGAAACUUUAAAUAGGCAAAUUGGUGCUACUUACGAUAGUUCAGAUGGCAAUUAUUAUGUGAACUGCGCUAGCAUUGAUUCUUUGCCCAUUGUUAAGUUUAAUAUUGGCGGUACCGUUUUCAAUUUGGGACCUCAUGCCUAUAUUAUUAAUCUCGGGGGCAGUUGCAUGUCUAGUUUUACCACUAUGGGUACAGAUUUUUGGAUUUUAGGUGAUGUAUUCAUAGGACGUUAUUAUACCGUUUUUGAUUUUGGAAGAAAUCGUGUUGGGUUUGCUCCUGUUGCUUAAGAAGUAGUUGAAGUUGAAAAUUUAUAUUUAUCACUAAUUACUAAAAAAUUUAAUAUUAAUAAAAUGUAUG